AUGUUCUCGACUUUCGGGACUCUCGCCACAGCACUCUACUUAAGCCUCGCAUCAGGGCAGGAACAAUUCCUAGCGAGCGUUCCUGUCCCGCAUGGCGUCGACGCGGUAAAUUUUACCAAAUUGUUCGCCCCUGAGCAUGUCUUCAAGGAAGCCUGGGCGGAAAAAUCUUGGAACGGGUUGACGACGUUCGCAGGAUCGACACCUCUCAGGUGUUUUGGUAGCGAUGCUGAGACCCCGUACGAUGUCGCAGUCUUAGGUGCACCCUUCGAUACUGCGACCAGUUUCCGGCCGGGUGCGCGUUUUGGACCCAAUGGCAUCCGACAGGGCGCACGUCGCCUUGGAGUUUCCAGGAUCAACGUGCCAAUGAAGAUUCGUGUGAGCGAUCAUCUCGACGUGGUUGAUUGUGGCGACGUCCCGAUGGUAUUCAUCGACAAUAAAGUGGCCUUGCGGCAGCUUGAGCUAGCCAAUAAAAUGGUUCUCAAGAAAACUGACGCUCGAUCAUCUGGAGGCACAAGCCUUGCCAAGGAUGGGAAAUUCCAUCCUCGCGUACUCACACUGGGCGGUGAUCAUACGAUCACACUGCCGUUGCUACGCGGCGUCGCUGAUGUUUAUGGUCCUGUCAGUGUGAUACACUUCGAUAGUCACAUCGACACCUGGAAGCCUAGAGCAUGGGAGGAGGGCCCGUGGCUUCCGGGAGAGGAAGUCCCGGUGACUCACGGUAGUUAUUUCUGGUAUGCCCACAAUGAAGGUCUUCUCGCUGCCAACAACUCCAACAUUCAUGUUGGUAUUCGGGGUGCACUCAACAGCUGGGAGGACUAUGAUAAUGACUACGACGUCGGGUUUAUUAUCUCUCACGCAGAUGAGCUUGAGGACAUUGGUUGGAAAGGAGUGGUGAAAAAGAUCCGAGACGCCGUCGGAGAUAAUCCAGUGUAUAUCUCUCUGGACAUUGAUGUCAUCGACCCUGGUAUGGCUCCUGCCACGGGAACUCCAGAGAUUGGUGGAAUUACGACAAGGGAAAUCAAGAAAAUUCUCCAAGGUCUUUCGGGCUUGAAAAUUGUUGGUGCAGACAUUGUAGAAGUAGCUCCAGGAUAUGAUACACAGGACGAGAUCACCCAGAUCACCGCAGCCAACAUUGGAUGGGACAUUCUGGCGCUAAUGGCGAAAGCCCCCCUUACCGCGUGA